AUGGUGGAUAUUGUGUAUUGUGUAUUGUGUAUUAUAAUUAUCCGAAGUAAUUAUAAGGAUUUUUCAGACGAUCAGAAUAUGAAAUGUUCAUCCAUAUUUCCGGUUAUUAAUAAGAAACGUAUAGGAUUUGCCUUGCCUUACCUUGAGUUUAAUAUUAAUAAUGUGUUUGUUAUACUAUGGCUAUACUGCGCUUAUCCACAAGUUGCAUGGAAGUACAAUUCUUCGUCAGAGUUACAGCUAUUAAAACACAAGAAAAGCAAAAAGCAAAAGCAAAUGUGCUACGAUUAUAGAUGUUUGAUUAUUAUCACAAAGACAUGUCAGGCCAGGGCAAGUCAGAAUAUUGGCAUGCUAACAAGUGGGCACAUUACAUAUCAUAGUGGAGCACAAACAAGCAAAUUUUCUGCCCCGCCGAUAACACAAAUAUACGUCGCCAUGACCAACUUGUCGUAUAUAACAAAGUUUCAAUAUUCACACGCUCGAAUUCUUAUAGAAUAA